UAAAGAGAGAAAAUAGGUACAAAAGUGAAGAUAUAAAAUUCCCGCUCACAGAAAGGAAAUCGACAGAGCCACGCAAUGGGAUUUCCGUGAGCGCCCAAGAUAACUUUUGCAGCAACGUUGCCUUGGGGAAAAAUAAACAAAAAAAAAGCGCCCCAAGGAAGGAACUCUCAACGUUGCUCAGGACGCCGACACGCACCGUUCUCGCGCUCCUCGCGCCUUCAAGGUCGAGAAAGAAAGGUACUCCGACGUUUCGAUGGCCACUCUGUGCGGCCUUGAAUCGAGACCGCAGGCGUUGUAACUAAUCGCGAAGUUUUGAACGGAGAGGCACGAAGCGCGAAGAGGUUGUUGUGCCUGCGUUGCGAGUUCCCAUUGGCCAUUCUCUCUUUGCGGUGCACGGUGACACGGGCUGGCAAGUUCCUUGCCUCUGAAGCCAGUGUGUGUGUGUGUGCGUGCGUGUGCCAUUAAUUCCACGGGUCGUUGUGAUUCGGCGUUACGCCGAAGCGAGGCGGUCACCCGAGAACCAGAGGUCGACUGCACGCAAACUUCCUACUUACGUUCCCGUGACUGCACUUGCAGGCGAUCUGCAACAGGGCUGUUAAGGAAGCAGCCUAAACAAUGGACCUCGCGCGGAUGAAGACCCCAACGUACGCAGCAGUCCUCGUUAUUCUCGCCAUUGCCUUCUGGCAGGCUGCAGCCAUUGACCGGAGGCCCGUGUACAACAUCGCCCACAUGGUCAACUCUAUAGCCAAGCUAGACGAAGCCAUGGAGGACGGCGCGAACUCCGUCGAAGCGGAUGUCAGCUUUGCGGACAACGGCACGGCGACCAGGUUGUUCCACGGCGUGCCGUGCGACUGCUUCCGGGCGUGCGACAUCCAGGAGGAGGUGCCCCGUUUCCUGCAGUACGUCCGCAAAACUACGAGUGGCCGUGGAGCGAAAUACAGCGAUCGACUAGCCCUUCUCUUCUUGGACCUCAAAGUAGGCAACGUCGAAGAAAAAGAAAAAUACCGGGCAGGCGUUGACAUCGGGCGAAAGCUUCUGCGUGACCUCUGGUACCAUGUUCCUACGUGGCAAGCGGUGAACGUCCUGCUGUCCGUUCCCAGCGUCUCCGACAAAGAGGUUCUGCGAGGAGCAGUCCACACCGUUUCACGUUUCUCGCCGAUCAUGCUGGACAAGAUAGGGUUCGAUAUCAGCAACAACGACAAGCUGGACACCAUCCGAGGCCUGUACACAGACCUCGGCAUUCAAGGUCACCGCUGGCAAGGGGACGGCAUCUCGAACUGCCUGUCCUACCUGCGGCCAGCCGCGAGGAUCCAGAACGUCAUCGAUAACCGCGAUUCCGAAGAAGUUGGCCGCUACGUUGAGAAGGCCUACCAAUGGACGGUGGACCUGCCGAAGCAGAUUCGUCGCUCGCUCAGGAGGGGCGUGGAUGGCAUAAUCACGAAUAGGCCUCAGCGCUUAGCGAAGAUCAUGGAGGAAAGUGAAUUCAACACCACCCUGCGACCUGCCAAUGUCGCUGACAGUCCCUGGACUCGCUUCGGCGGUUUGUCCCCUUUUCCAAGGCUGCCCUCGACUGAGAUGGACUUUCUAGGGGAUGACGAUUUUCCCCGGUUGCGUUGACUGCAGUGUGGGGACGGCGCUACUGGUGGGAUUGUGAAUGACACUCAACUAAACUCCAUCACCUGACAAAAGGACUUGCUCAAACUGUAAGGAACCAGUGUAGUAUAAUGGAUUUUUUAUAGGAAACACCUAAUUAGUAUUCGAACCCUUGCUAUAGCGCAUAGGUGGAGAGAAAGCUGCCAAACAUUAUUAUCCACAAAUGCCGUGCACGUCUUCUUCCUUUCUCACUCUCUCUCUUCUUUCUUUUCCCCUUCACCCAACGCGUAGUGUAGCCAGGCCGGACUCUUGACUGGUUAGCAUCCCUGCCUUCUUUUACACACACACACACACACACACACACACACACACACACACACACACACACACACACACACAUCUCCAGAAACGCUUGUUUCAGAGCAUUAUAUCAAGGACCCUGCAAUUGAUCGGCACUAAAAUUGAGAAAUUCUGAAAUUCACUGGCUUGAGUGCUAAAUAGCUGUGUAUCCUUUAAAAGUUAACAUUACCGCAGAUUGAGGCAUCCUUGUUCUGAUAACUUUCAAGACUGGGUAAACAUUACGGGCUAAAAUAAACAAGUGAUUAUUUGGAACGUCUCAAGUUGCAUUUCUGGGCCUCGAGAUCGAUUAUAACAGUGUGACAGUGACAGAUGAAAAACCGUAUAAAAAGCAUCGAAGAUCUCACAAGACCAACAUCAAAUGCAGCGUUUCAGUUGUCCCCAGGAAUGGCAUCAUAGUGAGACUUGUUCCCGUAUAUAAAACCGAGCAACACUAGUGAAAGACUUAGUUACAUGAACUAGUAGCAAAGAGUACACAAGGUCACUUGGAACCACGACAUAUCAGUGGCUCUCAAUUGGGUAAAGGCCUUUUGCUGCGGAACACCCUCCUCGCGCACUACGACCCAACCAAACUGCUACUUCUCUCGUGCGAAGUAUCCCCGUAUGUUGUAGGCGCAGUCCUCGCUCUCAAGGAUGACCAAAGAAGGGAAGUGCCGACAGCUUUCGUCUCCGAAACUCUAGGCCUGCCCCAGCGGAGAAGACAAUUGGAUUAUGAAGGACUCGCUGAGGUCUUCGGUGCCAUUCGUUUGCACGAGUACCUGGCAGGGUGACGCGUAACGUCACAGCGGAUACUUCGGAUUACGGGUGUUACCGGACUGCGCCCUUUGCCUGACCCAAAGGAGAUCACCGGGGAGAUCAGACGUCGCUUUAUUCAACUCUAGCCUGGGUCUGCUACGAAACACGACCAACCGCCGGCGCUCCCAGUGCCUUUGAUGACAUAACUACAGAACAUCACGGGCCUGAUUGCAUGCACCGAGAAACUCACCUCCACUGCAAUGGCGUCCAGCUCAACAGCGCGCGGUCUUCGCGCGAAAUCGUUACUAAUAAUUAAAAUUGAUUGCGAACGAUC